AUGUGCAGCAAAGCGUUUCUCGCCCUGCUGCUUUAUGGGCUGGUUAUGCACUGCAGCGUCUACUGCUCACCUGCUGCCGCCGCCGCCGCUGCUGGACUUCAGUACCCCGCGCUGAGGCUGGAAGAUGAAAUGUACGACGAAGAGGGCAACACUCUUUCGGACUAUGCCUUUGACAGCGAACCCCUCAGUAUAGCCGACCCUUCCUCCAUGCUGGACGACAUGUAUACUUUGUAUUACCCGCCGGACAAAAGGCAUGCAGAUGGGAUACUUAAUAAAGCCUACAGAAAAGUGCUGGGCCAGUUAUCUGCAAGGAAGUAUCUGCAUUCUCUGAUGGCCAAGCGGGUGGGUGGGGCCAGCAGCCUGGAGGACGACUCAGAACCCCUUUCCAAAAGGCACUCUGAUGGCAUAUUCACAGAUAGCUACAGCCGCUACCGAAAACAAAUGGCUGUCAAGAAAUACUUGGCAGCAGUCCUGGGUAAAAGGUAUAAACAAAGAGUUAAAAACAAAGGACGGCGAGUAGCUUAUUUGUAG